AUGGCUCAGAUCGUUCGUCAGAGUAAAUUCCGUCAUGUGUACUGUAAACCGUUGAAGCACGAGCAAUGCAUGUCCGACCUUCGGGUCACCGAGAUCACGUGGGACUCGUUGUUUUGCUCGGUGAAUCCAAAGUUCGUGGCAUUUAUCACAAAGGGAGCUGGAGGACCAUUCAUGGUCAUUCCAGUGAAUAAGGUCUCGCGAUAA